AAGACCAUAGCUUGGAACUUGUUUGACUUCACUUUUCAAAGCUCUGCUCACUGUUAAUUUCUUCAACAAUGGCUUCUCUUGAUGGGCGCCAUUUCUUUAAGGUAGUUCUUGAAGACGCUACUCGGAGUGGCAAACUUGGGAUUCCUGCCAAAUUUGCAACAGAUUAUGGGAAUUCUCUUUCAAACCCUGUGUUCAUUAAGGUCCCAGAUGGAAAAAUCUGGGAAUUAGAAUUGGUAAAAUGUGGUGGCAAAAUGUGGUUUCGAAAUGGCUGGCCCAACUUUGCAAAGCACUACUCGGUGCAGCCUGGACAUUUCUUGGUUUUCAGAUAUGAAGGGGGUUGCCAUUUUCAUGUCAUCAUAUUUGAUCGAACUGCAACGGAGAUCAAAUAUCCAGACGUUAAACAAGAAUUGAAGGUUGAAGAAUCUGAAGACGAUGAGCUUGUAAACAUCGUAAAUGGAAUCUCUAAUGGCUCGAGAGAGAAGCCAGGGCUGCAAUGUCCUCGGCCUCAUAAGAUGAUGAGACCAAAUGUUCCCAAGUUUGAACCUGUGCCUGCACGGUCCUCAGCUGGAACAAGUGAAACACGAUCGAGUAUGGUUUGCAGGGCGAAAUCUGAUGAAAAAUAUAUGGCUUUACAAAGAGUUCGCAGUGCCUUCAAGUCCAUAAAUCCAUUCUUUUUGGCUUUCAUGCAACCGAGUUAUGUAGGUCCUAUUACCAACCAUAGCUGUUCUGUGGGAAUACCAAAAGAGUUUUCCAGGUUAUAUCUGAAGGACAGUGGCGAUGUUGUUCUCUGUGAUUCUGAUGGGAAAACUUGGGCCGCCAAGUCCAUGUCGACAAUUGGAAGCAACAGACGGGCAUAUGUGAGACUCUGUAAUGGAUGGGGUGCUUUCGUACGAGAUAAAAACAUACAAGUCGGCGCUGUCUGCGCCUUCGAGUUAAUCAAUCGUAAAGAAAUUUCAUUCAAAGUUAUCAUUUUCGAAGGCAAAAGUCAUAUUUUCAUGGAUUACAACCUUUUACUGAUGUUACCUCUGCUGAAAAAAGUGAAACCGGAGCCUCGUCAUCAACUCAUCGACAAUGGCAGCAGCCACUGGAGGCGGGUGAAAAAGCUUUUGGAAGCACAUUGAUAGCCCACGAAACAGCUCUUCAUAAAGCACUGGCUUUCACUUCUGAAAAUCCUUACUUUGUUGUUGUCUUACGACCAUCAUAUAUGAACCAUUCAUUGUGUAUACCGCAACCUUUUUCCAGGACACAUCUCGAGAGCUCCGUCACCAAAAUCAAUGUAGACAUAUGUCUUUCGAACGGGAAAUCAUGGCCGGCUUUGUAUUGUCAACGAAGCAACAUAAGAAAUCCAAAAGGAAGAAUCCGUGAUGGUUGGAGGGCAUUCGUCGAUGACAACAAUUUACAAGUUGAUGUAUGCGUCCUAGAGAUGACAAAUCAUGACACUAAAAUCUCCUUCAAAGUACACAUAUUCCAGGCCAUUGCAGA